AGGAGCUGUCGCUCGGGCGGGGGCGGUGCGGCCGGAUGUUGCUGCGUGGGGCGCGCGGCUUGGCGGGGGCGCGCCGGAGGGAGCCCCCGGACGGUGCCAGCAGCUGCGGGGGGGUGCUCAAGGAAGGCGCCGCGCACCCCCACCCCACCAACACCUCCCCCCUUCGGGAACUUUCGGACACCCCAGUAAAGGCCGGCGCCACCUCAGACACCCCGGAGAGCCAUGGCAGGAUGGACACCCCCCAGGGCGAGGGGGGGGUCCGUCCUGCCGACCCCCCGACCCCCCCACCGCCCACCCACUGCUGCGGGACCGGGUGCCCCAAUUGCGUCUGGGUGGGGUACGUGGAGGAGCUGCUGGAGCGGUACCGGGACGGCGGCGAACGGGCUUUGGCGGCCGUGGAGGAGCAGGUGGAGGACGAGAACGUUAAAAUGAUCCUCAAGAUGGAGAUCAGGCUGCGCAUGAAGAAAGACUGAGCUUCCCCCCAAAAACGGCGGGUGAUACCCCGCCCCCCCGCCGGGCGCCUCUGCUCUGGGCCGGGUGGUGGAAUGCGGAAUGAUUUAAAGUAUUUAUUUGUGUGUGUUGAGCUCUGGGGGUGGUCUGAGCCCCCCCCCCAGGGACCUGCGCAGCGCCGAGCACGGGAUCCCAUCUGAAUUUCAAUACAGGAGGUGCCCAGC